AUGCCACGCAUCACCCUCAUCCAAGCCCUCGCCCUCGCCUUCGCCCGCACCGCCUUCGCCGCCCCCAUCCCCAUCUCCCUCCCAAACCCAAACCCCAACUCAAACUUCCUCGGCUCCCUCUCCACCGUAACCUCCAAUCUCGACACCCUCACCACCGCCACCCAGGCCCACCCAGGCAACUUCUCCGGAGCCGAUGACGCCAACGUCGAUGCCUCCCCGGCCCUAGACGACCUCACCACCGCGGUCAGCGACCUCACGGGCGACAUCGCCAUCGCCAGCGGCGACAACGAGGGAUCCGUCGAUGUUGGCGAUGCUGGGAAUGUGAAUUUGGGGGACGUCAGCGAUGUCGUAGACGUGGGCGAUGUCGUCGGCGGUAUCAGUGAGAUCGCGGAUGUCGGUGACGUUGGCGAUAUUGGAGAUGUUGAUGUUGGACAUGUCGGAGACAUCACCAACGACAUCGGCGACGUCGCCUCCGGCACGGACCUGAAUGUGGACGAUCUGAUGGUGUCGGACUUUGUGCAGAGCCUGUUGGGGCGUGUGACGGUGAGCGAGCUGGUGGGGGGGCUGGGGCUGGAUGCCAGCGAUGCCGCCGGGAUGGGGGAUUGGGACCUUAGUCGGGUGGCGAGUGUGGAGGAUCUGGCGGGUGAGUUGGGGGUGAGCGUUGAGGAGCUGCAGGCGGUGUUGCAGGAGUUGGAGGUUGAUGGUGCUGGGGCGUUCGAUGGGGAGGCGAGCUGA